AUGGCAAUCAUCCCUAGAUACAACAACUGCAAUGAUUACGACAGCAACUGCAGCUACUACGGCACCAGCCCUUGGUCCAAUUACGGAAGAUGGAUUCUGCUCGCCGUCAUUGUGAUUGGUGCCUUUCUUAUUUUCGUGAUAUUCUCAUGUAUUACAGCACGCCGACGUCGCCGUCUUGGUAACUCACCCUACCGCGGCACUGGCUGGGCCGCAGGCGCAACACCGCCAGGCCACGCACCAGCUCAAUACACCGGCGCUUCCCCUCAGCCAUAUUUUGCCAAUAAUAACCAAGUACCACCCGUAUACUCUCCUCCCGUCUCGAACCAAGGGCAUUACAACCAAGGUCACGAACAAAAUCAAGGUUAUUUUGGAGGUCAACAGCAAGGUGUGGAGUUGCAGCAGCCAGAAAGUGCCUUUGCGCCGCAGCGUGGUGGAGAGCCUGUCUACGACUACGCACCUCCUAUGGGCCCACCGCCAGGGAAAAAGGGCGGCGAUGGAAUCAUUAGAUGA